UGGCGGCCCUACUCCAGUCAGAACACAUGUGCCCGCCUCGCCCGGCAGCCGCCACCGCGGGGCGCAGCGGAGACCCCUGGCCUGGCGGCCUGUGGGGACCCAAAGAGGCGGCAUGAGCAGCACACGGUGGAGCUGACGCCGCGCCCCCUGCCUGGCCCAUGUCCUUCGCCAUGCUGCGCUCAGCGCCGCCGGGCCGCUACCUGUACCCUGAGGUGAGCCCGCUGUCGGAGGAUGAGGACCGCGGAAGUGAGAGCUCGGGCUCCGACGAAAAACCCUGCCGUGUGCACGCGGCGCGCUGCGGCCUCCAGGGCGCCCGGCGGCGGGCAGGAGGACGGAGGGCCGCGGGUAGUGGGCCAGGACCUGGGGGGCGGCCAGGCCGCGAGCCCCGGCAGCGGCACACAGCGAACGCACGCGAGCGGGACCGCACCAACAGCGUGAACACGGCCUUCACAGCGCUGCGCACACUCAUCCCCACCGAGCCAGCAGAUCGCAAGCUCUCCAAGAUUGAGACGCUGCGCCUGGCUUCCAGUUACAUUUCUCACCUGGGCAACGUGCUGCUGGUGGGUGAGGCCUGCGGCGACGGGCAACCAUGCCACUCGGGACCCGCUUUCUUCCACAGCGGUCGUGCGAGCAGCCCACUGCCACCACCACCACCGCCGCCACCACCACCACCACCACCACCGCUGGCCCGAGAUGGCGGUGAGAACACCCAGCCCAAACAGAUCUGCACCUUCUGCCUCAGCAACCAGAGAAAGUUGAGCAAAGACCGUGACAGAAAGACGGCGAUUCGAAGUUAGAAGGAGGAGGGUCCACAGCAGCCAAGAGGUGAUGCCACU